GGGUCAGGCUCCACCCAGUUUGCCCGGCAUCUCUCGCGCCACUGGAGUCAAGAUGGAGGAGUACGCUCGGGAGCCUUGCCCCUGGCGAAUUGUGGAUGACUGUGGUGGGGCCUUUACAAUGGGUACCAUAGGUGGUGGUAUCUUUCAAGCAAUCAAAGGUUUUCGCAAUUCUCCAGUGGGAGUAAAUCACAGACUACGAGGGAGUCUGACAGCCAUUAAAACCAGGGCUCCACAGCUGGGAGGUAGCUUUGCAGUUUGGGGAGGUCUGUUUUCCAUGAUUGACUGUAGCAUGGUUCAAGUCCGAGGGAAAGAAGACCCCUGGAACUCCAUCACAAGUGGUGCCCUGACAGGAGCCAUCCUGGCAGCAAGAAAUGGACCAGUGGCCAUGGUGGGGUCAGCCGCGAUGGGUGGCAUUCUCCUAGCUUUAAUUGAAGGUGCUGGCAUCUUGUUGACAAGAUUUGCAUCUGCACAGUUUCCCAAUGGUCCUCAGUUUGCUGAAGACCCCUCCCAGUUGCCUUCCGCCCAGUUGCCGUCCUCACCAUUUGGAGACUAUCGACAAUAUCAGUAGGACUUCUUGCCUGGGAAUUACUCGGCAGUGAGCUGGAGGUCAAGAAGCAUUUCAGAAGACCAAGUUACAGUCUUUUUAACCAUAGAUGGGACAGCUGUGGCCGAGCAGGCUGUGAAGAGACAUUGAGCACUUUUUCUAUUUAAAGGAACAUGUGAAGUAUUAAAAAAUAAUACAUUUAUUUAUUCACACUUGGAUUGCAUUUGUGAUCAAAAUAAAUGUCUCCUAUCGUUAAAAGAGAAUCUAAGUGCUUAGAAGAAGAAGGACCAAAGGGCAAGAGGCAGUGAAACGCGCCAGCCGUUCCUGGGAGCGUCUCUGCCUGGUCCAGUGUGUUCUGUUAUCCAAACAAUAAACAGCUUCUGGAACUCGG